GUCUAAUCCGGAUGCAGCUGUGUUUGUUAAAGUAAUCGAAAAACUUUGCGGAACAAGGGUGUUUUUCGUUGUUACUUCGUGGCCAGAGCAGACCCUCUCUCAGCGUGCUUUCAUCAGAUUCGCCCGCCAUUCGAGAUGUUUCGACGUGCACGCGCCAUCCGCGCCAACUUUUAGGUCUCAGGCCUAUUAGAGACAUGCGCCAUCGACGAAUAUAACUCGACGCCCGUUACACAAAAGGAUGUAGACCUGAAAUACCCUGAGGUGAGAGGGUCAGAAGCUAUCCAGAUGACUUCUUAACCCCCAUGGCAGAAACAAAGAAGCAGGGUGCAAUGGUGCUUCAUGAAGAGGGCAUGACUGCCCCAACACUGGCUUCUCCUACAACUACUCCAUCUUCCAUCUUUGUUGUCCUGAAACAGUUGCAGUCUGGGGAUCCCGGGAAAGACCAGGGCAGUCUGAUGGCAAUUAGUGAGGCAAAUAAAAUGGUGAAAUCUUCAAUCGGCUCUGCUGUAACAGGCAUCCAUCCGUCAUCUUCCACAUUUACAGACAUCAACAGCAGCUCACAGUCAGACCACUUGCCAGCAGAUGCUAGAUGUAAGGGCAUCACUGUUACACUGGACAACAACAGUAUGUGGAAUGAGUUUUAUAGGUGUCAGACUGAGAUGAUUCUGACCAAACAAGGCCGUAGAAUGUUCCCCUAUUGCCGCUUUCGUCUCUCUGGAAUGGAACCUUUCCAGAGUUACAUGCUGGCAAUGGAUAUUGUUCCAGUUGAUAACCACAGGUACAAAUGGAGUGGGAAAGGAUGGGAACCCAAUGGGAAGGCUGAGCCUCAUGUUUCUCGUUUAUUUGUACACCCAGAAUCCCCUGCUACUGGCCUACACUGGAUGCAGUACCCUGUUUCAUUUUACAGACUGAAACUUUGCAACAAUUUGGACCAAGAGGACCAUAUUAUUUUGCACUCAAUGCACCGAUACCUUCCUCGACUUCAUGUCAUACCUGCAGACAAAGCUGCUGAAGACAUCCAAGUUGACAGACCCAAUGUUACAACUCUGAGUUUUUCACAGACAGAGUUCUUUGCAGUUACAGCCUAUCAAAACCUUCGCAUCACCCAGCUCAAAAUUGACUACAACCCCUUUGCCAAAGGUUUCAGGGAGGAUGCAGUCAAUGCCCGGUCAUCUAAGGCGAAGAAUGGAAUGUCCACUGAGGAACCUGAGAGUGAACUCAAGCUAAGCAGGGAGAUGACAACCUUGAAUAAUUUGAAAACUCUGUUUAUGAAGAGAAAUGCUGCUGUAAAGGUCAAUAAGGAUCAGAACAUUCCCAGCCCUACAAAUGGAGAAAAGAAAGUUGUAAAUGGUGAUGCUCCUAAUGUAGACACAGAUGUUCAAAGUUUCUGCAGCAAGAAACGCCCAUCAUCGUUGGCAUUUUCAGACUUCAUUAAAGGUGCUCAUGUGAAAGUCAAAAGGUUAUCACUUGAGAAUAUCAAGAAAAAUGGUGUGGUCUUGCAAACAUCUUGCACAAGUGAACAAAAUGAGGUGAUGGACAUAUCAUCCAAAACAGGAAAAUUAUUACAAGUUGUUAGUAAAGAUGAAACUGUGGUAGGUGACAUUCACAGUAAAAGCACAGACACACCCUCAAAAACCGAGUUAUUAGAAACAGAUGAGACUAAAUCAGAAAUAGAUGAACACAAAGCUGACAAGAUUACAUUACUGUCCAGUGACCAAAAUGUACCUUACAUGAAUGAAAAGGGGAUGGAGACCCUUUCUUCUCUGGACACUGAGGCCAAGUCUGAAUCAAACACGAAGAAAACCUUACCACAUAAGCGGCCUGAACGUGUACCCCUACCUCUCCUUGCUCAGUUUCUUAAACAAAGAAAGUCUAAGACAAGACCCACUACACCAAAAUCUGACACUCCCAGCUCAUCCUUAGACUCAAAGUCAUGUGAACCUUUCUUAAUCCCUGAAAGAUCAUCUGCCUUGAUGUCUUCCUCCCCUUGUGUUACCACUACUAACUUAGAUUCACAUCCAGUACUUGCCUCAUUAUCCCAAAAAGUUACAUCAACAAUAGAUGCAGUCAACAUUACAUCUCUGGCCACUGCGUUAUCUCCAGCAACUGCAUCCCCUGUACCAGCAGAAACACAAUUAUCUGAUGGAUUUUCACCUUCCCCAGUUGGCAGUGAUCCAUUCAGUGCCCCCAACACUACCUCUCCCUCCAGACCUGAUUCUGACCCAACACCUGACAGUAUGUUUAGUGUGUUCCAUAACCCUAAUGCUGUUUCUGUGCCAGAUCUUGACAACACACUCGGGUCUCAGUCAGACAUUUCAUCUCUCUUUACAUGUCACACUGUACAUGACACUUGUACACCUACUACACCUGGAGUUAACAAUGACUUUGAUGUCACACCAAUUGUCCCCUCUGUUACUACACCUGUUUUAGAUGUACCAUCUAGUACAGACAAUGACAAUGUUCCUUAUCAGGAACUUGCCUCAGUGCCUGAUGUUGCUGAGAGUGCAUCCAUUUCUGGUAGCCUCCUAAACAGUUCCAAGGGCUCUUGUCCUGAGCUUUUUUCUGAAGAAGUCCCUCCACACACUCUGUGCACUCAUGAAGAAUCCCUUUCCUUGCCAUUAGAUGACCCAUCUUCCCCAGCCUUCUCCUUACCCAGCCCAGCUCCUUCUUCUCCUGACCCAUUUCCACCAAGUCUAUUCUGUGAAAGACCUGUACCUCCUAGAAAGACCCUUGAUUCAUUUCCAGAAAGAUUGUUAAAUUGCACAGCUUCUUCCUCUCCUGAUCUUUUCCCACUAGGUCUAUUCAAUGACAAUCCUGUGCCUCACAGAAAGAUCAAUGAUUUUGUUCCAGAAAGCCCACUGGAUGCUAUUGUAACUUCUAGAGAAUCAUUGUCACCAAGUGUCUUGGAUGUGUCAGAAGAUCCCAGAGGAGCAAUUGACUUGUUCUCUCAAAGUCAAUUCUCUGAUAGAUCAGGGCCUCUUAAUGACUUGCAGUCAGCUGUUAGUUAUGAGACCACGGUUUCUGAUCUCAUUGUUCCUGAACCAACUAAACAAUCAUUUCAUGGAAGCACUUUCAAGAAGUCAAAGGCAAAACAGAAAAAAAUAGGAAAAUUGAAGUUCAGUGAAGAUGAUGAGGUGUUUGAAGGACCUGUACCUGUUCCAAUGCAGCCCAGCCUGGAGGAUGUCGAAGGCCAGUUGUUUGUCUCCUUCGUGUCAAAGAAAGCUCUUGAGAUUCACCUUGGAGAUGAUGCCAAAACGGAGAUGGCACAAAAAACCACACAGAAUCCAGAUGGUGGAAGUGAUGAAAAUAUACUGGAAAAUAUUGAGGUGCUAGAGAAAACCCUUUUACGUGAUCUGAAAGUCAUGAAGCACAGACAGGUCAUUCAUCCAGUGCUGCAAGAAGUUGGAUUGAAAUUGAAUCUGCUUGACCUCAACCUGGAAAUUGACCUGCAAUAUCUGGGUGUGCAGUUACCCAUACCCCCAUCUGUUCUCUCACCCGAAGGAAGUUCAGCAUCAUCUCAAGUCCAGUUUGUUUCAAGGACAGGGAAAACUACUGACUUUACCAAAAUUAAAGGUUGGAGAGAUAAGUUUGCUGGAUCAGGAUCCCUUACAGAAGGCGUGUCAAGCACAGAUGCAGGGCAAAAGAAUCUCUCUGCAUUUUGUAGUGACAUGUUGGAUGAGUACCUGGCUAGCGAGGGCAAACUGAUUGACGAACGAGCUGCUAACUUAUCACAGACUGAUACUACGCCUGUAGCAUACGAGCUGCCCACUAAGAGCACUAGUUAUGUUCGUACCCUGGAUAGUGUACUUAAGAAACAAGUACCUGCUACCUUAUCCACAACAUCCAAAAAAGUCAAGCCAACAUUGAAGUCCAAAGAGGGAAAUCAAUCCAAAAAACCUUUAAAGUCAUGUACAAAAAAGCAAAUAAAACCAGUGUUCAGUGUGAACAAACCUGUUUUGUCCUUGAAAAAAACACAACAGAGCAAGAAAUAUAAAAAUAAGAAGGAAUCCAAGAGUCCUGAAAAGCUUGCUGUAGAAACUGCUGCAAUGGUAACCUCUAAUAAGAGUCCCAUGGUUGAAGAUUCUAGCUCUGCACCAUCAAACUGCACAGGUGGACGUAGUACAGGUUUGCCUAAGACUCUGGUAAAGCUGAUGGAUGUGGAAGAUGGAGCAGUGUGGGAAGGCAAACAUCGUACCUAUAUUACAGAAGAAAGAGCAGCAAUUGCACUAGCCACUCUUGUGACUGCUGAGGGGGUAUCAAAAGGAAACCCUGAUGCCAUCAGAAUUAUAAGACGACGUGCACCACCCUGCCUGAAUGUAUUUUGUAGGCUUGGCUGCGUGUGUGCCAGUCUGGUACACUUAAGAAGACAUCAUCACUGUGGAAAACCGCAGUGCAUGUUGGGCUGUAGCUGUUUGCGACGCAAAGUUGUUGCGCUGAAGACCCCCAAACAGGAAGAAAGUAUUGCAGAGGAGCCUGAAUCUCAGGGAGUGUCAGAGGAGAUCAAGGCCAAAUGGAAGAAGAAAAACAAAAAGAGAAAAACUUAUGUUCUGACAGAUCCGGAGACAGCACCUGAACCGGCCAAGCGUGUGAGUACUUUAUGGGAUCGAAAAAGAGAAGUUUCUGAUUCAGAGGCUCUUUUCUCUCCUCCUCCUGCAAGAACUCCAUCUCCAGCACUCUUGUCUCAAGAGCUUCAAAAUGACCUGGAAAGCUUUUUAAGUCCUUUAAAACAAAAAAUGGUGGAAGAGAAAAAUUUGAAUAUGAUUAAUGACAAUGUGGAGAGCACACUGACAUGUGCCCGUUCACGACCGUUUUACUCCGGGUGUCAUGACAAACAAAAAACGGUUGACCAACACCACAUCUCACAGGUCUCUACACAAGAUAUUGAGGAGGGUGAGCUUGUACCUCUUAAUUUGUCUGGCCCUGCCAAGCGGCUUGAGAUCAUAUCUGAAUGCAGUUGGGCCAGUACAGACGUCAGAAAUUACAUUAUGCGCAUAGUGUGUGAGCACAUGGCUCAGGAUCGUUUGAAGCACCCUUUCUGGAUUGGCAAGUACUUUAUUGAGCCAGUCUCCAAGACUCUAAAAGAGACAGAGGAUGGUUCUGUCGAUACAUACAAAGUCACCAUAUCGAGACCUGCAGAGAAGAAAACGGAAGAUAAGAAGGUUACGCAAAAUGAAGCUGAGCUGAAAAAGCAUGUAGAGAAGAGUGAGGUGAAAGGUUUGCCCUUCCUCUCCAGGUGUUGCCCUGCAGGCUUGCUCAAGGCUGAGAAAAAAGCACCCGAUACCCCAGGACGAAUAAUGGUCAAUGGAAAGCCAUACCCACAAGCCAAGUUAGAGCUGGGGCAGAUGGGAGCUUUGCAUCCUGCCAACAGACUAGCAGCUUACAUCACAGGGAGAAUAUGUCCAACAACAUCGACUAUUACAAAAGCCUCUAUCACAUCAGUUCCAGUUUCUACUGUUGCCACAGUAACCACAGUUACCAGCACGUCUACUACUACAACCACACCCAUCAUCAAGUCUGUAGUGACCAAGCCCCCAGUGGGAAAGGUCUUCACCCAGUUUGUGGUCAACCACAUCAACUCUCAAAAUCAGUCCGACACUAGCAACUCGCACUUACAGCCUUCUGUUCCAAAAAUUGUCAUCCCCUCCUCCAUGUUGAUGAUUGGCAGAGAGGCUAGUGCUCCUGGGGUUGCUCUUUCUCCUCUUAAAGCAGGCUUGAUAACCCAGGUGUCUGAGCCUUCAGAUUCCACAGGUAGCGCCAGUUUUCCCACUGUAUCAAAAGUCCAAGCCCCUGCCAUCACCAUUCUCAAUAAUUCACCCAGCCUGCCUCUGGGUGGGUCUGGUCUAACGCCAAAAACUACUGUCUCUUCACCAGGAUCGACUACUCCGGGGAAAAAGACUGUUUUGAUUACAGUUAUGUCCCGUAAUACAGGCCUCCCCAAUAGUGGUCCUCGGAUUACAAAGCCUGUCGCACAGACUCGUCCCGUCACACAGACUCGCCCCCCACAGACCCCAGGCCAAAAGAUGCUUCUUCAGGUGGUGAAGACUGCUGAUGGAAACACAUUGUACCGUAAUCCUAAUGGCCAACUCAUGCAGUUGGUGCCUCUAAGUCAAAUUAAAGCCAUCAAACCCAACCUCCUAUCUCAAGGCCAGCCAACCUUUAUUCGUUUGCACGCACCAGCUUCAGUCACUCUGAAAAAGCCUCAGGGUGGCAGCGCCACCAUAGUCACAUCUUCCAGCCCAACAACACAAAUGCAGACAAAGCCUACUGUCACUGUACCAGUCUCUACAUCUUCAUCUAUGAGUGGCAAGCCAGUCACACUCACUACAUCCAAGUCAGUCUCAUUGGGCAGCCUUCCUUCUACCCUUAAAGUUGUCCCAGGUUUUCUGGGACAAUCUGGCACUUGCACAUUAAGAAUUCUCUCACCAAAUUCUGUCCAAGACACUGGAAUUAUCAAUCCAACUUCCUCCCCCAUCCUCUCGCAGAGUGGCUGUACAUUGUUAAAAAAUGCAAGUUCAACACUACUGAACAAAGACUCCACUAAGUCUGAGACCACAGUUUCUGUUAGCUCACUUUCAACAGAGGGGCCAAUUGGUCAGGUCCAUAAGCAGUCUGAGAUGGAUCCUGCUAAACAAAAUAGCUGUGAUGAUUCUGAACGCGUAACACCAAAUGUAUCGGAGCAUUUAUCUUCUGUUGCCACCUCUCCAAAAUGCAGGCAGUUUUCUGGAGAUGAUUCAGCCCCUUCACAUAAUGAGCAUGGAGCACUAAAACAUUUAAGUUUGGCUGAAACUGGUAACAGAGAUAAUCCCAAUGUGAAAAAAACAGAUUUUGACAAAGCACCAGAUCCCGAAGAAGAGGAGAUUGGUUCAGAUGUAACAGAAUUAACCGAUGACUCUGACCUGUACAGUGAUGAUGACGGAGACGAUACAUAUAGUUUGAGUGGUUCUGAUAAAGGGGAGAGGAUGGAGGAGACAGAUGGUUUGGACUCUGAGAUGAAAGAUUUUGCAGAGGUGGUGGUUGAUAUUGAGACCGUUGAGUCUGCAGAGGAAAACAGUAUCGCAAAAUUUAGGGCAUCUGCAAUAAGACGGAAUCAACAUAAAAGUAACCAGAAGCACAUUCAUGAUGAAAGUUUGGAAGUGAAGGUCAGGAGAGUGAGGCUGGAGCGAAAGAGGCGCCACACACUCAAAGAGUUGUUUCUUAAACUUCAGGCAACACUAGGAAAAACCUCAGAGAAUCUUGAAGCUUCUAGAAUGAGCAUCCUCACAAAGGCUCAAAAAGAGAUAGAGUCUCUGGUUAAGCAGGAGGACCACUUAGUAAUAAGUAGAGAGAAGCUGCGAAUUAAGAGGGAGCGUUACCUACAGACACUUUCACUACUGUGUGACAAGAGUACAGAGUCCAUCAGCCAGAAGCUUAAUGAAAUUAUUUCUAAACAAAAAGCCCUGGAGGCCCAAGCUAAAGCAAAAGAGAUGAAGUCCCAGCUUAACCAGGCAACGUCCAAAUCUAAACCCAAACCUAAAGUUAAUCUUAAUAGUAAACGGAAAGGUUUGUCACCCCAGAGCAAAGUAAAAGAUGUUCCAAAACCAACCAAUUCUCCCUCCAAACCGAUAGACUUAAGUAUUAAAAAACUGAAAGUGACUGAAAGUGUUUUGAAAUCCGCACCAACCUCAAAACCUACAGGCCUUGAUAGUAGCAAAAACACCCUUAAAACUCAGGUUAAAGAGCAAGGUAGCAUGUCUAAACCUACUCAGCCAUCCCUUAAUUCCAGUCCACUAAAGAAACCUGUCUCUGUCCCAAGUCCUGUAAAACGUUCCCUAGUACCACGUGAAAGAAUGCGGCCAAACAUUCUGUCCCGUGCUUCAUCCCAGGUGAUACAAGGAUCUCCGGUCAAAGAGCCUCUUUUAACUAACGUGUGUAUGCCUCAAGUGUUCCCUCUGAUGAAUACCAUGGUUCCAUGCAAUCAAAUCAUAACCAUAAACAACCCACUUCAACCGAUUGGCAUCACCUCAGUAGGGACACAGCAAUCAUCCACACCAGGUGUAGCAUCUGUCUCCAUAGUUCCUGCAAUAUCUCACCCGCUUGGAAUGAAAAAUCCUCUUCCAGUAUUGCAGCCUCAGUUUAUCAAAAUUACAAACAGUCCUGUUAAUAUUAACACUCAAGUGGAUUCUGCCAACCUUCCAAACAUCACCAAUGUUAUUUCUCUGGUUCCACCGGUGGAGAAUCUGGUAAUACCACAGAAAGUUGUGGAACAAACAUCUUUUGUCCAGGCACCACCAGUAUUUGUCACUGCACCUGUGGAGAAUCAGCAGAAUUGCUCUGAAGUUGAAAUUCCUAAUUUGGAGGAAAGGGUGGUUGUUGAUGAGCCUCAAACCAAGGAUCUCCCCAAACAGCUUGAAGAAGGAGAUGAGGUUAGUGCAUCUGUUACUUCGUCCACCCAAGAAGGACUGGAGAAGAAGGGUCCAGAUGACAGCAACGAUCCUGAGGAUGAAAAUCUGUUGUCUUUGCUUGAUGAACUUGUUCUUCUUAGCCAGCAGCUGAGUAAUGAAGACGAAGAUCAGAAAAUUGUCAUGCCAAGCGAGGUACAGCCAUGCUCCGACAAGCAGGCAGAUGAUGAACGUGCUCUCAGUCCCUUGUUCCUAACUCUGGAUGAAGAUCUGAUGUCUCCAGACUCUAAAGAUGAAAUUGAUAUCCCACCCAAAGUGGAUGACUUGGUAAAAGUCAUCUUUGGGUCAGAUUCACCUUCGGUUUCAUCCGAAUCUGGAGUUGCACCAUCAACAAACAUUGAGAGUCCGAAUGCCCCUAUGUGCACUGUUAAAGAUGAUGCUCCUACUCCGCCCCCUCUUUUGCACAUGAAAACUGCAUGUGAAGCUGCAUCGGGUCAAUCUACCAAUGAGGGGACCAAUGUGGCAUGGCGGCCUAUGCCUAAACUGGUUCCUCUAGGGUUAAAGCCUCAAGAUGUUGUUGUGAAUAAGGUGACUGGCUCUUCAGUUUCCAAACCGGACUCAAAUGAGCAAGAUGUUCAUGGACCACAAAUGUGAUCUACCAGUCAAUGAAUCAGGUACAGUUGCUGCUCACAUUUAACAUGUUUAUGUACAGAAGGUUUUUUUUUGUUUGUUUUUUUUAAUGUAUUUAUUUUUUGUUUGCUGUGUAAGUCCUGCUGUCGUGUGCACCACCUGUUGUGCCUCUGGUAUAUCCAAAGACAUUUUGUUGAUUUGACUUUUUUUUUUUUUUUUUUUUUUUUUUUUGUUGCUUUUCAUUACUCAACCUACUUGACCAGUAAGAUUCUCUGUUUGAUUUUGCUAGCAAUUGUGUCCACUCUUUGUGGAAAUAGCUGUGCAAGAUGCUGUUAACUCAUCCUAACCUCCAUAUUGGAGCAUGUGGUUUCUUUUCCAUUGGAGUUCAUUAAAAUAUUAAAAUAAAUAGUUUACUUGAUCUUUAAACAUAGGAUUGUUUCUCCCUUAACACCAUGAAGGUCAACCUGAUUGUAAUUGUUUGCGCUGGGGAUUUUGUGGGAUGAUUAGGGCAGUUUUCCGGUGACCUUUUUAGGAGUAAUUAAAUCUGCCCAGUGACUUUUAACAGUAAAGCCGUUUCAUCUGCGAGUUUAUCUGCUAAUGAGAUUACACAAAUGUCAUUGUCUUUGCAUCUCACUGAAACCUAAACCACUGUCUAUUAGGCAUAUUACAUGAAUGCAUGUUAAGGCAAUAAUAGAUGUACAAACAGUCUAUGUUCUUGUUUACAGAAAUGCUAGAUUAUAUGUUGAGUGCCUUUUCAAAAGGUUCUUCUAUAUGCAUAUUGGGGCGUAGAAUGGUUUCUUGUUUUAGGGAAUAGUACACCUAUAGCAAUAGCAUUAGGAACUUAGAAAUAAAGGAUAUAGUGUACUCCCCCACCCCACCCCCAUUUUUCUUUUUCUUUCUUUCUUUUUUUUUUUUUAAAUA